CUAUUUUAUGUUAUUUAUUUAUUAGUUACUGUAAUUUGUGUUCCUGGAGCUGUUAAAGAAUAUAUUUAAAAUAUGAUGAAGUGAAUAGGGAAGGGGUAAGUGUGGAGUAAAAAUUGGUUAAUUAUGUUAAAAUGUACAAUAUAUAAGUUCAACGCAUUUCUGUCUUCGUAUAAAGAGUUGUAAAAGAAUGAGAAUUAUUUUCACAAAGUUUUUUUGUUAAAUUGAUAUUAAAAAAAAAAGCUCCUGUACUACACACUUACCCCGAUAUUUUAAGCAGGUGUAUCAUUGUAUUAAAACUGGGCAUUUAUGCAAAACUGCAUUUUUUCUGUAUUUUGGGUUUUUCAUAAUAAAAAUAAAAGGUUUUAUGAAUUUUUUUAUUAAGCAGAACAAAAUUUAUUUACCGUUUGUUGUAGAACCAUUUCAAUAACGAAGCAUUUUGCAACGAUGGUACCUUUGUUGUAAAAUUAACUUGUUAAUAUAAUUGACUCAUCUGUGGUACUUUUAUAUAUUUCAUUUAUAUAAGUAUCUAUCAAUUUGGCGUCUAUGAAUUCUUCUCUACAGUCUUUAUUGCUGUUUUCGUCACAUAACAUUUCUUCUGGGGUGAAUGAAGUUUCUGACGAGGAUGUAUCAUCCACACUUUCUCGUGAUUCCGACUGUUUUUUCUGCAGAUGGUAUAACUAUCUUUUGGCGGGUUUUUCGCUUAGGGAGUUUUUAUUAAAAUUGUUUCUAAUUGUUAAAAAUGAAUCUACAUUGUGCUACACUUUUUAAAAUGAGUAAAAAAACCAUUAUUUAAUAAGCCCAGUAGUGGCUCUAAUGGGAUUAUCUAUUGAGUUUAUAUUUAUGUUAUAUUUAUCAGUGUAUGUAAUUUUUCACAAAAAAAUUCAAAGGCUUACGUAAUUUUUACGGACAAGACUGUCUUUGGGGUCUAUUCUGUAACACAUCCGUUAAAAUCUAGAGGCCUUUAAAAUUUUAGAGGCCAGAAAAAUAUUUUUAAAAUCUAGAUAUGGCAGCUGAAAUGGAUUGCUCAAGUUCCUAAUUGACCUGUGAUGUAAUCGAAAUUCGGUUCAAUCAAAAUGUAUCCACAUAAAACGCCAUUAUUAUCGGUUUCGUUAAAAAUUGAAGGUGACCGUUUACAAAAAUAUCUAGCCAACAAUCUUGGAGUGUUGGAGGCCAAAGAAAUAGCUGCCAAAUAUUCCACUGAAGCCAUGGCCAGAAGCUUUUUCGGCAUAAAUGCGCAUUGUUUCGACGACGAAAACGCCAUGUUCAGAGUAUUGGGAAGGAAAAUUUUUGAUUUCAGUGUUAGAAACGGCCUCGUAAACACAGCCUACUUUUCAAUGCAAAAAUUGGUUAGACUGUUUCGCAUUAAUAUAUUCGAAAAAUGGGUGUUUGAGUAUUUUAUUGAUAGUUUUACGAAAGCAUUUGAGGCAAGAGAAAAUAGUACGACGCGCAAGAAUGAUUUUAUUGAUAUCUUGAUUGAAUUAAACAAAAAGGAUGGCGGAAAUGGAUUAUUUGAUAUGGACAAAAUUAAUGGUACCGGUCUGCAGUUUUUCGUGGCUGGAUUUGAAACCACAAGUUCAACUAUUUCGUAUACCCUGCACGAAUUAUGCCUAAACAAGACUGUGCAGAAUAAAGUGAGACAAGAAAUCCUAGCCAACAUGAAAGAAAAUGAUGGAUUAACAUACGAAGGCGUCAUGGGAAUGAAAUAUUUGGAUAUGUGUGUCAAAGAGACACUCAGGAAAUAUCCAGCGGUACCAUUUUUGGACAGAAAAUGUGUAAACGAAUGCAAAUUACCCGGAACUGAUUUAAUAUUAGAAAAAGGAGCAUCAGUUUAUAUUCCGUUGGUCGGCUUGCACUAUGACGAAAAAUAUUUUCCAGAACCGGACAAGUACGAUCCAGAAAGAUUUGCUAAUCCAAAAUGCAACAGCGAAGGGUUGGUUUAUCUACCAUUUGGAGAAGGACCAAGAAUGUGUAUAGGCGAGAGACUAGGCAUGUUAACGACGAAACUUGGAAUUAUUUCUGUCCUAACUAAAUUUGAAGUCGAAAGAUGUGCCCAGACACCCGAUCCAGUAAUAUUUGAAGCAAAGAGUCUUGUUCUUCAAUCCACAGUUGGCCUUCCAAUGACAUUUAAAUAUAUCACUCCACCACCAGCUUGA